AUGGCGACCCCAAUGACUGAACCAGUAGAGCGAAAGGCGUAUGAUAGCGAGAUCACAAGUGCUUGCUCCUCGUGGGAUACAGCGCUAAUCAGAGCAAGGAGCGUUACUGUGAGCACGCCACCCAGUGCAAUACCCGCGACCCCUAAGGAGAAUACUGUUGUCCACAGGGGGGUGGAUAACGUUGAAAGUGCUAUUAAGCUCGUUGCUAGAAGCAUGAGAAGCGCCGACAUCAUGAUCUCAGAUACCUCCUCCGCUCAGCCGUCUAGACAUUGGAUCAUUGACCUGAGUGCUCGCAAGACAGGCUCGCUCACUUUGGCCUUCCUUCUUGGUCAUUUCUCCGAAAGGAGGGCCUUGUACGAGGCCAGUAUCACUCAACGCUUCAAGUUCAAGCACAAAAGGGAUGAUUUUCGGAAGCUGUUCGCUCCAGAGAUUUCGGAAGGCCGGUUGAUCAUUGUGGCGUGGUUUUAG